AUGAAACUUCUGUUCCUGACUCUUGCUGCCCUCAUGUUCCUGCCCUUAGUGAUCCCAGCAUAUGCUGGCAGAAAAAAAUGCAUACACAGAGGACAUUGCAGGAAACAUUGCAAGUAUAAUGAAGUUCCUAAGACCACGUGUAAAAACAGUGAAGUCUGCUGCAUUCGCCACAAGAAAGUCUUCUGGAAAAUAAAGCCAGAGCUUACAACAAUUCCAGCAAAAACCACAAUGGGUGUGAUUGAAACAACACUACCCCAAACCGUAUAUUCAACAAUAUUAAGUAAACACCGAGAAUGA